UCCAUUUAGGAGUAAAAACUGUUUGAAGUUAAUAAAUCAAGAACAACCAAUCCAAGAAGUUUCAAUCUCAUCAAGGAUUAAAAAUGUUCGGUACUCUACGAGUCACCUUCUCAGUCCUCAUCAUUCUUCUCACUUCAGAGAUGUUUCACUACUGCUCAGCCGACGAUGUGGUUGUAGAUACAGAAUCCAGACCUCCACAAUCUCGACCAUUUGGAAUGCCCUCGCAAGUUAUCUCCCGAGUGAUGGAACAAAUGCAAAGCAUGAAUUUGGCAGAACAAAUGCCUAUGCUUACGAAACCAUUUAUUCAAGCAAUGAAGAAUGUGAUUGUCAGUAUCGAACAGCUUCAAACUUCAAUGAGCGUAUUAGAAACCGCACCAGUACCAAACGCAUAAAAUCUGCCAUUCUAACCAGACCAUUACGACUAAACUGAUUUUAUCAUUUUUGUUUUAUUUUGUUAAUUCUAACAAAAAUGUUUAUUUGUAACAAAAAAUCGAUUAAUUAACAAAAUCGUUUGUGUGAAUAUAUCUGUUUGAUUUAAAAAUAAAG